GCCGCCCCCGCCGGGCGCAUCGCAGCGGAGUCUGUCCGAACUCGGGGCGGCGGCGUUCGCCGCCGGCCAUGGCCGUGCCCGCCGCGCUGCUCAGCCCCCACCACCUGCUCUCCUUCUGCUUCCCCGCCGCCGGCGGGCUCCUGGGCUAUGCCGACCUGGAGAAGGGCUACGAGGGCGGCGGCGGCGACGCGGGGGACUUUAGAGAAGCCACCCGGGACCUGCUGAGCUUCAUCGACUCGGCUUCCAGCAACAUCAAGCUGGCGCUGGACCGGCCGGUGAAGUCCCGGCGGAAGGUGAACCAUAGGAAGUACCUUCAGAAGCAGAUCAAGCGCUGCACCGGCAUCAUCGCGGCCGCCGCCCCGGCGCCCGCCGCCUGCCCGCCCGCCGCCUGCGGCAGCGAGGAGCCCGGCGGGCACCUGUCCGCGGGCUUCGCCCCCUUCUUCCCCGAGUGCCCGCUCCCGCGCCGCAGCCGCCCUACGACUACAGCGGGUACCACCGCGGGGGAUACCCCGGGCUGUAGGGCGGCCGCGCCCGGCUCCGCCCGGAGGCUGGCGGGGAGCGGAGCCCGGAGCCCCGCGGGGCGGGCGGACCUGGGGCAGCGCGGGGCCCCGCACACCCCGCUGCGUGUGAGAGCCCCGCAGGAUUCACCCUUGGGCGCUGCCAGUCUCCUCCUCCUGCGGUUUGGGCGACGCUGCAAAUAAAAUGUGAAACUUCGGGUUUCUUCAGGUGUUUUUGUAGCGGCCGGUGCUCCCCUCUCAUCCUCCUUGCUUAGGGGCCAGGGCUUGGCUGGCUGUAGGCAGACGCGUUGCUGUUACCUGUAGGCGACGUGGGGACAACUCGUCACUGAUCUCAGUCCAAAUCUAAAGCUCGUGUCGACACUUGAGGUGCGUUUAACAUUUUUCCCAGGCUCACGUUUGUCACAAGUGCUGGCAGGUGUUCGGCUGAGGACACAAAGGCAGGAAAGUGAAGCAAAAUUAAAAAUGCUGCUACCAAAAUUCAGUGUCCUGAAAUUUUAACAGCGUCUUGCAGGAUCUUGCAAAACGGCAAUUUACAGCGAUUCGUAAGUUUAAUUGAUGGUGUGAGUUCGGGACAAAAACGUACUGUAGCCACUGCGGCCAUGUGAUUCCUACAGACUGUUGGAUUUCUUCCAGGAAUGUGUCAAAGCUCAGAAAGCAAUGCGGCUCCGUCUCAUUGUGUACAGGAGAUUAUUUGAUAAUCAUUUAAGUUAUGUAAAAGAGUCUAUGAUAGGUCCUAUAAAAAUAAAGCUCCACAAUAGA